UGUGCUCGCGGGGCGAGGCGAGGCGGCCAGAUCCGGCAUGGCCGAGGCUCAGCAGCUCCGGGUGCAGGAGACCAUCGACCGCAUGGUGCAGGGGCUCGAGCGGGAGAACAUCCGGAAGAUGCAGGGAAUCAUGUUCCGGUGCAGUGCGACCUGCUGUGAGAAUGACAAGGCCUCCAUGCAACAUGUGCACCAAUGCAUCGAGCGCUGUCAUGCUCCCCUGGCACAGGCACAAGCUGUUGUCACCCAAGAGCUGGAGAGAUUUCAGGACCGCCUUUCUCGCUGUACAAUGCACUGUAAUGACAAAGCCAAGGACUCCUUAGAGACGGGCAGUAAAGAGCAGCAGGUCAAGCUGCAGUUGGAAAACUGCGUGACGAAGUGCGUGGAUGACCAUGUCCACCUCAUUCCCAGCAUGACUAAGAAGAUGAAGGAGACUUUGGCAGGCAUUGCGCAGUAGAAUACCUGGCUUUGGGGAGGGACGGGAAUGGGUUACUGGUUAAUACUAAGAUGGGUGUGCUAAACCUUGGUGGAAAUGUAGACAGUAACAUUUGGGUACAUCCAGGGUGAUGUCUGGUGGCAUGUAUUGUAUUGUGGUGGCCCCUGAAGUGCUCCUGAUCUUUUCAAGACCAUGGUGUUGACUUGGGAGCAAGGCUGCAGAUUGUCAGAGUGAGGAACAAGUAAUUCUAUUUUUCAGGGUCCCUUGGCGUGAAUAAUGUGUAUGUGCAAGCAGUUUCUCCUCCUUUCUUCGCCGUGGUUCUUCCCUCCCUUGUAGCAAUGAUGGGGCAGGGGAACCUGUAGCAUUGGCAGCUCUGAAGAUGUCUCAACAGGACAGAUUCACUGGCUGUGCAUCCUUUUCUGACACUGCCUUACAAAUAUGCCUCUAGUGUCCUGUAAAGGCACAUAUGGUCUUUUUCUGUGGUUCACUGCAGGAGGUGGUUUGCUGUGGGUUUUCAUUCUUUCCUGUUUGCAUCUUUUUCUAUUGUGACAUCAUAAUUUUAGUAGCGUGCACAAAUUUGAAAUCCCCAAAGCUGGGGACCAUUUUAUACCUUCAGGAAAAUCAAGUAUUGAUUUUUUUUCCCCGCUUGAAAAUGGGUUUGUAUUCUUGAAUGCUUCCCACUGGGGUGGGGAGAACACUGUUCCCUGCAUGUUGAAAGAUUGGAAGAGGUCUAAGCUGAACUCUUCUCUCUGACAUGCUGGUUUUCAACAUACAAGGAGAGCCCCCCAGGCCCACUGAAAAAGACCCCCCAUUUGUAUCCUGGGAAGUGAACUAUAAAUGUAGGAUUCUAUUUAUAUAUAUAUUGCUGAAUAUCAGAAUUGAUUGUGUUACUGGAAUAUAUAGCAUUCCUCUAAUAAGGCUGAGUCUUCCCCAAAACCUCUAAAACAAAAUUCUUACAUUAAAACCUUGUAUUAUUUUUUAGUCAUAUUUGAAUUCUGUGCAUUUAUAUUUUCACCAUUUUCAGCACAGGGAAAUUCUUCAGCACCUGGUCACUCUUCCUUUCAAAGUUCUGAGGGACAGUUCUCAAAUGGAACUGUCCCGCAGCCAGCUGUGAUGUCACAAACAACUCAGAAGAAUCAUUUCAUGCAUUUAAUUGGUGACUAUGAAGGUUAAAUAAAUGGACCAUAUAACACAGAAGCAGCACUUGUAUUAUACUAGGGGAAUAAACUCCUCUGAUUGAUCUGUACUGUGUUCAAGAGAGUUUCUCCAGUUACUGGAAAUUUCACAACAAACCUAAGUACUGUGUGGAUUCACAGAAAUAUACAUCUUUCCUGUUGAAGAGCAGCAUUAAUUUCUUCCUUGUGUGGCAGUCUCCUCACAUGUAGGAUGCACAGUAUUGAAUGUUUGGAUUUCAUGAACAAUAAGUAAAAUGGAAAAUAUUAUGACCACCAAUUAGGGAAGCACCAGUUCUUGUAAAUCUAAGUAUAUUUAUUCCAACAGGAAUUAUAUUUGGGGGUUGCAAGAAUACCACUUCAUGAAUUAAUGAAGUCCCUGUUUCCUACUUCCCCAUCCUUCUUUUAACUGUGAAUUCUUUUCUAAGAGUUUAAAUAAAAAUAUUUUUAAAAAAUGAAAA